CAUGUAAGAGGCCGUAGUUCUCCUCUCUGCAAAGAAUUUUAUGCAAGUCAAGGUGAGUUUCGCUUUUCUGCAAUGUACAGCUUUUAACCAGGAUAUCUUUUAAUUUGGUCACAAUUACAAGAGAGAACGGGUACACAUGGAUAAUUAAAUUUUGUGUUUUUAACCCAGCUGGAGCGGGGAAGGGCAUAUUGACAUCUUCUCUUCGGUUCCCUUAUAACAGAGGCCUCUUCUAGCAGUGAAAAGUUUGAAAGUUUGAAUUUUUCCGGUAAUUUUUGUGAAUUAUUUAUCUCUAUUACUGGGCAGCCCUUCAUGGGGUAAAGCAGAAGUAAAAGGAAGGAAUCCUUAUCGAGCCUGAAUUUCACUACACAUACCCUCGAGCCCCACCAGAGACUACGUCUCGUGAUGGAGUUUGCGACUCGAAGAUAUGUCUGAGCGUCAGGCUAAACCUUAUCAUCAAAUCAUCACAAGGCCUGACCAAUACUUGGUUGAGCUGCUUGGUAAACCUUGUGACUAUCUGAUGAGGAGGAUUACUGUGUAUUAACCUACACAAUUAUAUAGCAGUUGCUUAGCUUUUUUAGCUAUGUGUCUUUUACUUACAAUAGGCAUACACAGUAUUCGCAUUACUAAUUAAAUAACUGCCACCUGCCACUUCCAAGCUUCCCCAAUCCCUCCAGUUAUAGGUCUGUCAACCUGUUAACAAAUUUGUUGACACCUCCUUAUAAGGCCCUGCUUUAAGUGUGAUUUGCAGGUGUUAGUUGGCAUAAGACAAACUUGAGACUCAUGCCUAAGGUAUGAAAGUUUGUAGAUAUAAUUACAUUGUUUUGUUUUGUUUUGUUUUGUUUUUGUUUUUGUUUUUGUUUUUUUUUAUUUGUACUUACAGUUCAGUGAAUAUGGGUGAAUCUGAAUGGGAGAAAGAAAAGCCAAAAUUAUUGAAGAUGAUUCAGGAAAAACAGGACCAGCUUAAUGACUUUGAGAAAGUAAGUUCAGUCAUUUGACAAAAAAAAAUAGCAACAUUAGUUAAUGAAGAACUGAAUUCAACAUGAUAUGAAUCACAUCUGCAGAACCAAAUUUUGACAACUAUGCCAUAAUAUAUUCCAGCUUAUCAAUUGGCCGCAGGUGCAGCGAACUUUUCUAUACAUAGAGCAAUUAAACUCUGGAACUCAUUGCCAUGUGCGAUCACUGCUACAGACAGCCUGCAUUCUUUCAAAAAGAAACUUAGAGAAUUUCCUUUUCGAAUCAUUUCUUGUUGGCCAGUUUUUAUCUAUCAUUAUAAUUUUAACGUUUAGACAUUUUACCUUUAAAUGAAUUAUUUAUAUGCUUAUGUAGACUGGGUCUGAAAAACCCCGAUUGGGAGAUUCAAUAAAGGUCCACUUUACUUUACUUUAAUAUAACUUUUAACUUCAGGACAAAAGCAAUGUAAAAAAAGUGAAAGAAAAUGAAAAAAACGGCCAUAUUUGUUGUUUUAUUACUACAUGUAGCUUUGUAUUCGGUAAAUCAUAGAAUCCUAAACUGAGUCUGAGUUUUUGUUUUUCAGAGAUUUUUCCCAGUUACCAUUGAUGAUGAACGAGAGGCAUUAAAGGUACUGAAGAUAGUUUGUAUUUAAAAGUUGUAAAUCAUGCAGAAUAUAUAUAUUUUUUCAAAACUACAAGUUGCUGCAUAAUCACAAAACAGAGCCAGUGCCAGCUUUUUUCCCCUUCUGGAACUUUGGUCAGAUCUUUAAAGCAAGAUUAUAACCGACCAUUAAAGAAUGAAAAUUGUACUAAUUCUUCAACUUUCAAAUGAAACCUAAAUGUCCAGGGGCAGAUCAAGGGGGAGGGUGCAGGGGGUGGGCACCUCCCCUGAGAUGACCUGCGGUUUUCUAAUACAACUGGUAUUGUGCCAAAAAAAAAACUAUGUGGUUUAUUGAUGUUGAAGUAGAGCAAGAGACAAGUGCACCCCCUCUUAAAAAAAAUCCUGGAUCCACCCCUGAUGUCUGUUGAAAAUGUUGCUUAAUUGUUCUCAUUGUGCGUGUUGUGUGCUUGCAGGAACAGUGUUAUUAAAAACUGCCAUUGUGUGGCUUGCUUGCACCAUAUUCUUUGAAUGUGCUAAUCUUACAAUGCUGGAUUUGAAGGGCUCCAAAUUUUUGCAUGUGGGCUAAGUUAUUCCAGAAAAUAUUUAGCUCCUACCCUCACCCAUCCCCUCUAGGAAUUCUGGUUAAGAUGUUUUACUCUGUAACCAAACAUCUGAGUUUUACCUACAUGUAGGAUGAAAAACUUAUAAGCAAAAUUUAAAGGUAACACAAGCCAAAGGCCCAAAGGGCCUAAGUUUAUCCCCGUUUCCUUAGCAUGAAGCAUGCCUAGGAUUAUUGCUACUCCCCCCUAGAUGGAAUACGUCCAUCACGGGGCUACCCCCAAACAGCAUGUCGCUGGUACCCAUUUAUACACCUUGGUGAAGAGAGGAUUGUUCCUUGUCUAAGAAAGCAACACUACAGGCAAGGCUUGAACCCCAGAUCUCCAGAUCUGGAGUUUGGGAUUGUUAACUGCUCAACCACACAUGCCUCCACAAUGGCUUCCUGAAUUUUUAUGCAUAAACAUUAAUUGAUUGUGCUUUUUGUUUCGUUUUUCCUCUUCUUAUAGGAGAAAAACCUUUUAAAGCAUAGAGAUUUACUUAAAUCCAAGGUAUGCAGAAUAGUUUCUAUUCACCAAAGGCAAAGUUUAUUUUGUUGACUAUUACAAUGUAUAUGGAUGGCAAGGUGAUUCAAGCAAAUGUUGUGUUCUCAUUGGCUAUUCGAGCAGGAAAGAUGGGCCCUGCCUAUCUUGCCCACCUGGAAUCUCCUACUUUGGUGCUGUAAGAAAGUUCUCUUGGCCAUGUAGUAAUUCUUUAUAUUGACCAAGCUUGUUUAAUCAAGAAGGCUGAUUAUUGUCCUUGUUGAUUUUUGCAUAUUUAUUGACCUCAACUUUGUCUCUGACCACAAAAAAUGCAAAAUUAAAUAAAGAAAGAAAGAAAGAAAGAAAGAAGAACUGGACCAAUGUUUUCAAUGGCCAUACCAUUGUGAAAUCAUGCGUAUUAAUCAUGACUUUUGUUUUGUUUUUUUUGUUGUUGUUGUUUUUUAGAUUGACACAAUAAAGCAUGAAAUUGAAAUACUUCAGUUGAAGAAAAAGCUGAAAGUUAGUGUCAUUCUAUGUGUCUAUGAACUCAAAAUCUGCUUGCUACUUUGACUGAGACUACUUAGUUAUAAUUUCAUCUCAGCUUUUCCAAAAUUGUGGAACUCUAGUCCCUUUAUAAUAAGUUUAUUAUUGCAGUGAAGAACUGUUAAUUAUCUUCACAUACUUUAAAUCUACAUCUGCAAACUGCCAGAUGUACCAAAAUAUGACGGUAAUUCAAAAAGGUUUCUGAAAUGAAGCUUAUUUUUAUUUCGUGCAUCCACUUAUUAUUAUUUUUUUAUUUUACUUUUUCAGGAGCUGGAGGAAGAAAAUGCUUCUCUGAGCUUAAGCUCAAAAAAUAGCUAACAGAAGCAAUGUAAUCACAGUGCUAACGUAUAUAUUCAAUCAUUUAUAGUAGUCCAGUCAUUUUACGCGGGAAAUAAGGUCAACCCGGAACAAAUUCCCACAAAAGAAAUCUCAACGGUUUUAGACUCAGAAUUUAUUUGUUAAUAACAUAUCAAGAGUCCCCAAAAAUCCCAGCAUGGCAACAUGUCAAAAAACUGGAUUUUGUUGGAGCUGUUGACCGCUGCAUCUUUCACUGCAUGGAAACGAGGCUGAUCAUAAGUCGUCCGAAUGCCUACUAAAAUACCGCACAAAUCAUAACUCGUAAAUAUAAAUCAUUAAUACAGCAACUUCAUUUCAAUUCAAAUACAUCGCCGCUAGCUAAGUUAUUAGAAAGUAGAAUUAAGCAGCCACAUGAUAAAAAUUUUACAUGUUUUGUAUCGGCGCAAAUUAUCAGUCACAUCAUACAAUGUACAUCUUAUUUAUCAGGUAUUAUUUAAUGUACUUGCUGGCACACAUUUUAGUGUGUUAAUGUAUAUUUUAUUAUAUUUAUUGUUAGAUCGUGGGCUUACUUCAAUUAGUACAAGAUAUAUUUCCCUCGUCAUGGUUUUAAAGAACCCGUGAGAUAAGCAGUUUAAGUACAAGAAUACUCAGGGGCACCCAACGUCAAUUUUCGGAAAAUAUCCGUUCGGAAGACGAUUUGAGAUGUAGAAUUUUCGGAACAUUUUUUGUAAAAUUUCUUGCUUGCCUGCCUCUCCUAGGAUUUUUGAACAUCUAGAACAUGGUAUAAUUGCCCAUUUUUAACGGAUUUUUACCCUAAAAAGGUCACCUAGAAUUUUUGGGAGCUUUUUUUCAGGCUGAGAGUUUCGAAAAGGUAAGAUUGGAUCCCUAUAAUUUUCGGAUCAACAGACUUUCAGCUAGGAAAUCCGAACAGAUGAAAAGAUUUUUAGGCGAUAAAAAUAUGUCAAUAUCUACCGUUUAAAUACUAAAAUACGUUUAACAAUGCUAUGUUUAAGUGGUUUUGAACUAUAUUCUCGUUAGGUGCUCCUGAAUACUGAGUAGAGCACAAACUCGCCUAUGCACAGGCUCACUUGUGUCGCACGAAUGAGCCUGCUCGUAAACUGCGAGCAGAGGUUUCUCUUUUACAUGGCUUUAGCGUUUACAAAGUCGUUUGCGUGGCUUGUCUGUCGCGUAGUUGGUAUAGACAUGCCACGCGAAUGACUUCGUACAGCCCUCGGGAUCUAUAUGCAUUAAUAACGCGAGAAGGCAUGCAAGAGAGGCUAAGCAAAAACUCAUUAUUGUUGUUUGUAAGUUCUUGAAUUGUUACCCACCUUCCUCUUCCUUUUUCUCAUACCUACUUCGGACCACACAAAAAAAAGGGUCCCUCCUAUCGCGAUAUGACUCAGACUGACGUCACCUAUUGAUAUUAGGGACCUUACAAUCCGACAUCAAACGGCGACUUCCAUGGAAACGUCGUUGAAAAAUAGACUUCGCAUCCUUUCAAUCUAUUUCGCGAUUAUCCCAAGUCGCCCAGUUACUUGAAAGAAGGGAAUUUAUGUUGCAGCUGAAGAGAGGGGACUGCGCCCGAGUUCAGACAGAGAUGGUAGAAUUUUUCGCCAUGCCGUUUCCGUUCUCAAGUAAACUUGAAAUUUGGUCAUUUCAAGUCGUAGUUUUACAGAGACGGCAAAGAAAUUUACAAACAAAGCGUGAUGCCAACCUGGGAACGAGGUUGGCGUGAUGCAUGUGCAGAGUUGUUAUUGUGCUCAUGAAACCUAUUGCUUUUUUUGCCGUCGCCGUCGCCGUCGCCGUCGCCGUCGCCAUCGCCAUCGUAGUUUCGUAAGGUCCUUAGUAAUGUGCAACCAGAAGCGCAUUGGUUCUUGGUUGCGGUACUGCUUAAUUCGCUCGAGGCAAAUUUGAUAGCAAAACAAUGUUUUAAACAGUGAUGUCUCCAGUAGCCUUCUUUUUCCCCGCUGUUUAAAAUCCUGGCGCCAGCGGGAUUUUUUGGAGUCGGCCUAAUACCAGUUCGACUGAGAUCUGGCACUAUAAAGGCUUGACUGAAGCGGAAAACCGAAAAUAAAAAAAAUCUCCGGCGCAUCCAGGGUGUUCCGACCAAAAAGGGAAACCAGUGUUGAAAACCUUGGGAGUACAACACGCUGGUUUGGAAACUAGAAUUCGAUUCAAGGAAAAGACUGCGAAUCAUUAAAACAUGCACGGCCCCUUUUUUUCUUCAUUUCCCUUCAGUUAUAUCAUUUCUUCAUUUUGGGCCAUUUGGUGGAAGUAGACACAGAAAAAAAGACUGGGAGGAGAUGUCUCAUCCGCCUCGCUCGCACCCUUACCCUCUCUUACUCACAGGCUCGAGAGGUCCACUGCUUUGUUGACCAAUGAAUCCCAAGAGCUUUACGCUCAGCUAAAUAAAUUAUUUGCUCAGACGGGCGGCUACAUACCUUUAGCUGAGUCUGUAAGACACAGGAGAAGCUCUCUUCACUGGCCCUCAUGUGCAACCACUGUCUAACAGACUGGCUACAUUGCUCUUGAAGACCUUCACACCUUACUGUCUCUAGCAGCAAACCUAGCGCCAAAUAAUACUAUUUAUCCGAGAGAAUGUAAAGAAUUUCCCUCCCCAAUUUUUUUUAGGGGAGAGGCGGCUCUAAACAGGCUAGAAUAAACUCAGUAGCAACGACU